AUGAAUAUAGAUUUUUGGCAGCACUUCUCAAUUUUGUUUGUAAUUGGACUGGUAAACAACCUAGGAUAUGUUAUGAUAGGAGUCGGUGCGCAAGAUAUCGCUACACAUUUUGGAGAACAAAAUUUAAUGCCUUUGUUCCAAUUUAUGCUGGUUUGCUGCAAUUUAUUAGUGCUUGCUGUGAAUUUCCGAUACCUCGUGGGGAUGAACACCAUGCUCAGAGUUACUAUUAUUGCAUGCUCGAUGGUUUUAUCUUUCGGAGUGAUGGCUAUAUGUUCUGCCGCAAAUGGAAGCUGGGGAUUUCCAAUAGCUUUAUUGGCAACACUUUUGAUGGGGAUGUCUCAGUCCUGGGGAGAAUGCAUUAAUCUUGCCUUCCAAAAGUCGUUUCCAAGUGAGUAUAUUGUUGGAUUUUCAUCAGGCACAGGCUUUGCUGGGGUUGCUGGCUCUGGAGCAUGGCUAAUUUUCCGAGCAGUAAGUUUGGAAAACUAUCAAGUUUUUUUAAUAGUCACUCCUUUAUUAAUCCCUUACUGGCUAGGAUUUCUCUGGGUUUAUAAGAAGAGCAAGAAACAAAACUCAAUAAAAAGCAUCCCACUUGUUGAACAAAAUCCGGAAAAUAAUAGUGUUGAAAAAAUAGGGAAAAUCUCAGCAGAAACAGGAAAUGCCUUAUUUUCUCGAAGUCAAAUCCCAAUUAUUUGGGCUGAAGCCGGAUUUUGGGCAGUUAAUUUAGGGAGUGUAUAUUUUUUAGAAUAUUGUGUGAUUACUGGGUUCGCGGACAGAGCAACAUUAAAAUAUUCGGAUAAUGGAAGCUUUUUUAAAGAAAAUGCGUUUAUUAUAAUACAGUUUUGCUAUCAAAUUGGAGUGCUGUUCUCAAGGUCGUCUUUGAAGUGCUUUAAAGUGCCACAAGUGUGAAUUGUUACAGCUUUGCAAGCCUUUAAUUUUUGUUUGUGGUGGUUCGAGGCUGAGUUUUUGUUUUUAACGAUGUGGGGAGAAUUUAUUUUGUCAAUUUGGGUCGGAUGCAUGGGAGGAAUGAGCUACGUGAAUGUGGCUUAUUUGAUUUUGAAUACCAAGAAGCUCCCGAAAGAGCUAAAGGAAGCAACUUUUAAUGUCAGUUUGUGCUUCAACAACUUGGGUAUAGUAACAGCAGCGCUUUUCUGUCUCCUGCUCGAUAACGUGAUAAUGUCAAACUAA